AUGAGAUUUUUAUUUGCUGAGAUCUUAAGCGCAACUAAAAACUUUGACAAGAAAUUAGAGAUUGGACACGGGGGUUUUGGUAGGGUCUACAAAGGGGUUAUAAAUGUUAUUAAUGAUAAGGCUAAAAUGAUAGUAGCAAUUAAAAGAUUAGAUUCUAAAUCUAAGCAAGGAGAGAAAGAAUUUAUAUCGGAAAUUGAGACGCUUUCUAAGCUUAGACACAAACACAUUGUUUCUUUGAUAGGAUACUGCAGCUAUGGCAGUGAGAUGAUACUUGUUUAUGAGUACAUAGAACGUGGCACUCUGGCGGACUAUCUCCACAAGAAUAAACGUGAUAGUAGAGCUUUGCCUCUUCUUACUUGGAAGGAAAGACUCAAUAUUUGUUUGGGUGCUGCUCGUGGGUUAGACUACUUGCACAACAAUAAUGUGCAAGAAGUCAUACAUCGAGACGUGAAAAGCGGAAAUAUUUUGGUGGAUCUGAACUGGAUGGCCAAAAUUGCUGAUUUUGGCAUAUGCAAAGUUGAAUCUACAAGCCAUACCCAUACAAGUACUGAGGUAAAGGGAACUAUUGGCUACAUAGAUCCAAUGUACUCCUCGACCAAAAUGCUAACCAAGAAAUCAGAUGUGUAUUCUUUCGGUGUUGUGUUGUGGGAAGCGUUAUGUGGCAGACCAGUCCUUGAUAAUAAAAUCGACGACGAACAACAACAUAGUCUCGUUUUGUGGGUUCAGCGAUGUUACAAGAAUAAGACGGUCCACAAAAUAAUUGAUUCAAGUUUGAUGGGACAAAUCUCAACCGAUUCUCUCCAGUUGUAUAUUGAUCUUGCGAUAGCGUGUUUGCAUGAAGAAGGUAACAGAAGACCUACAAUGGCUAAAAUCAAAGAGGAUCUUAAAUAUUUAUUGACUGAUGGUCUCAAUUUCUUAAGGUGGGAAGAGUUAACCUAUUGCCCCUAA